AUGGCGACAGCGGGCGGCGCUAAAAUGGAGCCUGCUUCCUGCAUGAAACAAUCCCACUCCCAAAAUGCUCUGCGCUGUUUACGCUUCGUUCCUCCCUGGACGGCUUCCACUGGCCAGAAUCAUACAGCUAAUCCCGCGAAUCCGAAGAAACAUUACGAAUCGCAAGGUUGUGGCGGGCUGAACAAUGAAGAAUCCCUCGCUGUUCACAACACGAAAAACGGGCUGCCGCGCGUCCCGCGUCUAGAGAUCCGUGUCCCUGACUGGUGGACCCCACACUUACGUCAAACCCUAACAGCGAGGGCGUCUGGGAAAUGUCCAGGCUCUGAAUGUCUUGCCUCUCAAAGAGCGAGCCUUUGUAAGGAAGAGUACUAUGACUCGAGGCCUUCUGCGGUGAGGGCCACGAAGAGAGUCUGUGUGAAGCCAUGGGUUAUUGGCCUCAUUACCUUUAUUUCCCUGAUUGUUCUGGCAGUGUGCAUUGGCCUCAUUGUUCACUACGUGAGAUACAAUCAAAGGAAGACCUACAAUUACUACAGUACAUUGUCAUUUACAAGUGACAAACUAUAUGAUGACUUUGGAAGAGAGGCUUCUAAAAAUUUCACAGAAAUGAGCCAGAGGAUUGAAUCAAUGGUGAAAAAUGCAUUUUAUAAAUCUCUGUUGAGGGGAGAAUUUGUCACAUCUCACAUUAUCAGAUUCAGUAAAGAGAAAAAUGGAGUGUUGGCUCAUAUGCUGCUGAUUUUUAGAUUUCGUUCUACUGAGGAUCCUGAAGCCAUAAAUAAUAUUAUUCAAUAUGUCCUACAUAAAAAGCUGCAAGAUGCUGUUGGGCCUCCUGAAUUAGACCCUGAAUCAGUUGAAAUAAAAAAAAUCAACAAGACAGAAACAGACAACUAUCUGAACAACUGUUGUGGGACUCGAAGGAACAGAACCACAAAACCGAGUGUCAGGAUCGUUGGUGGGACACCGGUAGAAGAGGGCGAAUGGCCAUGGCAAGCUAGCCUACAGUGGGAUGGGGUCCAUCGCUGCGGAGCAACGUUAAUUAAUAGCACAUGGCUUGUGAGCGCCGCUCACUGCUUUAGAAUGUAUAAUGACCCAGCCAGGUGGACUGCCUCCUUUGGAGUGAAAAUAUAUCCUCCUAAAAUGAAACAUGGCAUCCGAAGGAUAAUUGUCCAUGAAAAAUACAAAUAUCCAGCACAUGACUAUGAUAUUUCAGUUGCAGAGCUUUCCAGCCCUGUUCCCUACACAAAUGCGGUACAUAGAGUUUGUCUCCCUGAUGCAUCCUAUGAGUUCCACCCAGGUGAUGACAUGUUUGUGACUGGGUUUGGAGCACUGCAAAAUGACGGUAACAGUCAAAAUCAUCUUUGGCAAGUGCAGGUGAAACUUAUAGACACUAAAACCUGUAAUGAACCUCAAGCUUACAAUAAUACCAUAACUCCUAGAAUGCUAUGUGCUGGCUCCUUGCAAGGAAAAAGAGAUGCAUGCCAGGGUGACUCUGGAGGACCACUGGUUAGUCCAGAUGCCAGAGAUAUCUGGUACCUUGCCGGCAUAGUGAGCUGGGGAGACGAAUGCGGGCAGCCUAAUAAGCCUGGUGUUUACACUAGAGUGACAGCCUUCCGGGACUGGAUCACUUCCCAAACUGGGGUAUAA